AGUAUACCUGGAAAAAUUAUAUUCGUUAGGAUAGUACGUGAAAUCAUGGUGUUUUAAUCGGUCGUAAAAAUUAAGUAAUUCGAUUUAACCGAUACGCCGGGUAUUCGUAUCGUACAUUUCGGUCAUGGCCACUGCGACUUCGCCAAUUAAAAUAUACGAAGCAUACGAAACGAGAGAAAUGGACGGAUGUACGAGUUUCCUAAUAGUGCGCGUAGCGCGUAUAUUCCCCUAAUUACGACGGAGAAUGUCCCGAGAGAGCUACAAGAUGACGUCUAUGUAAUCUAAUCGAUGAGUAAGUUUGCCCGCCGUUCUAACUGAUUAGCUUUUCCAUUAAAAUUCAUCAAAGUAAAAUGAACUUUAAGGUUACAACCUUAAUUCCUAAUCUAUUCACCAACCUAACCCAAACUGCAACGUCAACGAUGCAUCCCAGAGAGAUAAGCCUAUCGUCCAUCUCGCUUCCAUUGACCCUAAAAGUUAUGAUAAGCGGACAGCGUCGAAACUGCUACAUACAAUGAGCGAGCGUUCGGCGAGAAGAUCAUCACGGAGGAUCGUCGAACACGAGAAAUGGAUGAAUUGCUAUUUUCGAAAGCUGGCGUCGCUCUACAGAAAGUCACCGUGUCUGUGGAAGAAAGACACGCGGGGUUAUUUGGACAGCGAGUACAGACAUCGUGCUUAUAGUCGCAUUCAUCGAGCCAUGGAAUUGCCGGGGGUGACUUUCGUCGAGAUAGUCUUGAAGAUUCGCGAGAUGCGCCGCCUCUACGUGAACGAACUAAAAAGGUUGCUGGGGGCCAAGUCGUACGGCCAUUGUUACGAGAUCUCGCUACCAUGGUUCUACAAUUUACAUCAAUUUCUCUACCCGUACCUGGAUUACGACGAGGCAGUCGAGUUGCAUAACGUAGACGAAACUUUUGCCAAGAAUGAGAACUGCAGUUGCUUCCGAUGCCUGAUAUCGAGUAGAAAUACUCGUAUUCGACAUUUCUUACCGUCUAGCACACAACGAACUAUCCCUACUCUGAAUUCGAUUAGUUCCCCUGCCGUCUCUUUGCCAGAGGUCAAGACUCGCCCUCGAACUUGCCCUCGCUCCUGCAGCCGAAUUUCCUAUACUAAAAAACAACUGGACAGAUUUCCUUCCCGCGCAAUCUGCACAACGAUCAGUAGAUGCACUUCCUGCUGCGAGAACUUGGAACAUCAUGGAGAUAUGGCUGAGAACGAAUUAAGGGACACGCGAGAGGUAAAGUGUCACGAAUUUACAAUCUGCGGAUUACAUAGCACAGCAUCGAGUGACGAUACUUGCGACACUGACUCGGAUCAGUUGGAAACUUUCUCGAUGACUGUGACACGUUGUCUCAGGAAGUUGGAUAAACCGUAUGCGCUUAAAGCGCAAGCAGAAAUUCAACAAAUCUUGGAGAAUAUGCUGAUAAAAUCAAAGAACAAUUCCCCGAAAAGGACUCGUUUACGCGAAUCGUCCUACGAUUUGUGAUAAAACGUAUUCCAAGAUCCAAAGCAAGAUCCAGCACGGAACGUAUUGAAGAAAUCCAACUUUCGAUCGCCACCUCCCUCCGUUCAUGCAUAGCAGCGCGCGGAUGGUAUCGAUCCGACUUUGGUAGACCGCAGCGUUAUGAUUAGUAUUCAGCGAGUGUCGCAGUCGGCCGGUCGGACAAGGACGAAGAUGGCAAGAUUUGCUCUGGCAAAACGGAGGAUGCGUGCCACACAGCCUGUCCCUGAUAACAGGUUAUCCUUUGAUCGAACCCCCUCUCGCAAAAAGUUCACGUUCCUGCCGUUAUUGCUACUAAACCGAAACGCGAUCAGACGAAGUCGCGUUAAUCCUCAAAGCGAAUCAUCGAUUAAGGGAUUAUCAAAGGUUGUAUCGAAUCUCAUUCACCGUCGACAAAGAAUCGACGCGUUGGCUUGGCUUCGAGAUCGAUUACUCGAUGAAAAGAGUUCCGUUCGGAAUCUUCAAGUUUUAUAA